AUGGCUGCUGAACGCACGGAGGAAAAGGGAGUUGUCGACUCAUCGACCGAGGAGCAGCGCUCGUCGCUAGAACUGGUGAAUGCCUCUGGCCACCGUCAGGAACUAGAGCGCAACUACAGUCUGCUGAGUAUCUGUGCCCUCGCCAUCACGACGGGAAACACAUGGAUUGCCCAAGGAGGAAGUGUGGCCACCGCCCUGUACAACGGAGGGCCGUCGGGUGUUAUAUAUGAAUUCAUCGCCGUUUCGGUCUGCUACUGGAUGGUGGCCGCCUCUAUUGCUGAAUUGGCCUCGGGGAUGCCGUCUGCUGGUGGUGUCUACCACUGGGCUUCUAUUACCGCCGGGAAGUAUGGUCGUGUCUGCGGCUUUUUUGCAGGAUGGUGGAAUUGUUUGGCCUGGGUCCUCGGUGGCGCCUCUGUGUCCGCUAUUCUGGGGCAACAGACCGUUUCCAUGUAUGCGCUGAUGCACCCGGGAUUUGAGAUGCAGUCAUGGCAUGUCUUCAUCAGCUUCAUCAUCUGCACGUGGCUAUGCUGCUCUAUUGUCCUGUUCUUGAACCGCUACCUUCCCCAGUUGAAUAAUCUCGGAGGGUUCUUCAUCUUGGCCGGUGUGCUCAUCACCAUUAUUGUCUGCGCUUGCAUGCCCCAUGCCAACGGCAUCCCUUAUGCCACGAACGAGGAUAUUUGGCGGACCUGGACAAACUCGACUGGGUACUCUAGCAAUGGCUUCGUUUUUGUUGCCGGUAUGCUUAACGGUGCCUACGCUGUUGGCACGCCCGACUGCUCGACCCAUCUUGCGGAGGAGAUCCCCAAGCCCAGCAAGAACAUCCCCAAGGCUGUCUUGGCUCAGAUGAGCAUCGGCUUCGUCACCGGGCUGCUCUACAUGAUUGCGCUCUUCUACGCCGUCAACGACAUCCAGGCUGUCUUGGACAGCUCGUUCCCGCUUGCUGAGAUCUACCACCAGGCCAGUGGAACCAGGGGCGGCGGUCUUGGACUCCUGAUUGUGACCUUCCUCCCCACCGUCAUCAACUGCGCUGGCUGCUAUAUCACUGCUGGCCGAACCCUCUGGACACUUGCUCGUGACCGCGCCACUCCGUUCCCCAACCAGGUCGGCCGCAUCAACUCUACGAUGCACAACCCCUUCAAUGCCACCCUCAUCUGCGGCGCCGUGAUCACCAUCCUCGCCUGUAUCUACGUUGGCUCCACCACCGCCUUCAACGCCUUCGUCGGCUGCUUCGUGCAGCUCUCCUCUCUUUCCUACUUCACAGCUAUCUUCCCCCACAUCCUCACCCGCCGCUCCUCCUUCGUCCGCGGGUACUUCUGGAUGGGCAACUUCGGAUACAUCAUCAACAUCCUCAGCUGCAUCUACAUCAUCGCAUUCGUCGUCAUCUUCUGCUUCCCCUUCUCUCUACCCACGGACGCUGCGUCCAUGAACUACGCCAGCUUGAUGACCGGCGGCUUGACCAUCUUCGUCGCCAUCAACUGGUUCUUCAGAAUGGGUUCAUACGAGGGCCCCAAGUUCGUGCCACUAACGGACCGGGCUCUUUUGAACGAUGCAAAAUAG